AUGCUCGCUCGGAGACCACUGUACCAAAGGCCCAAUGACCCGACAUGCCAGCUGGACUACUUCAGCUUCUACGAAGCAGCUGCCGGCAAUGUCCACGAAGGAGGCCUGCUCAAGCUGUGGAAGAAGUAUGGGCUGGUGCUCAAGGAAGGCUUUCUCUACUUCCGCCCGGCGGGAUCAGGCGACCCGUCGUCGCCCGAACAGUACAAGUUUGUGAUCGCCCUCAACGACUCCUGGAAGGCAAUCUACGUGCAGCUGACGUCGCUCACGGGCAAGAAGAACUGCCUGGAGCUGGCGGGCGCGGCGCAGAGCUACUUGGUCUGCUUCGGCAGCGAGGCGGAGCGUGAUCGCUGGGUGGGCGCCAUCAACGACGCCUGCGCGAGCGUCGGCGAUGAGCACAGGCGGCGACAGGAGGUCGAGGCCCGGCUGCGGGCCAUGCUCGCCGCACCCUUGCCACCAGCCCAUCAAUCCUCCUCCUCCUCCUCAAAUGAGGUGGUCAACACCACAGAACAAAGCGCGACGACGACCAAGACAAAGAAGAAGAAAAAGAACGAAGCGCGAAGCAGUGGGCGAGAUCACAGAGAGGAAGAGUACGACGACGAUAGUACAUCGGCGAGCGAGCAGUACAGUUCGAGCCAGUAUGUGUACAACGAAAUGUACGGCCUCUGCGCCGAGGAAGACAGCGACAGCAGGCUCGCCGAGUCUCCGAUCCUCGGGCCGAGGCGGUCGGCGCCGACGUCGCACAGCAGCUCGACCUCGGCGAAGCCCAAGAAGGAGAAAAAGGCCAACGGGCGCAAGGGCAUCGCCGGGAAUGGCCCGGCCAACGUUUCCUACGAGUCUCUCGACAAGGCGAUGAGCGGCCACUUCACCUUCGCCAACCGAAGGAAGCAGGCAGAGCAAACAAAGGCAGCGGAGGCGAAGAAGAAGAAAACGGCGGACGGAGAUGAUGGAGAAGCCAGGGAAGACGAUGACGGCUACAUAUUGGAUGUCGAUGACGAUGACGUCGUGGCCGAGGAUGUGGGUACCACGGCCGGCGAGGUGAGCGAGGGCUACAUCGACGUUGCCGGCGCGGCUGAGGGCGGCAGGCCAGAGCGACAGCAGCUGGAGGAGAGGAGCGACGAAGCGAACAAUCAGUGCUAUGCAUGGACGCAGGGUGAGGAAGAGGAAGAAGACGAGCAAGAAGAAGAAGAACAGUCCGCGUCGGCCCAGAUGACGAAGAAGAAGAGUACAAUGAAGAAAGCGACAAUGUCAGGCGAUGACGAAGCUGAACUGCUCACCGACUGGAACAGCCGGUUUCAGGGCCUGGUGGAACAGAUGCGGACGUUCAGCAACAACACGGCCCGCACCUUCAAAUACCGGGUCAACAGCCAACUGCUCGCCAUCGCCCAGGACUUUAUGUGCUCGGUGAAGCACUACGGCAAGAUCAUCAUCGCCGAGACCCACCUGCCGCCGGAGAUCAAGACCAUCAAGCCUGCGAGCGAGGUCGGGGGAGUGGCCGGGGGAGUCAAGUACAUUGUUCAGAACAUCCUGUUCAAGUUCGCAGUCGACUACAAGGGCAUCUACGGUAGCGACUACGCAGCUGCCAAGGUAAAACACCUGCUCCGCAUUGUGGUCGCUUCAGGUGUUGUCAACAACACGGUCGCCGGACACGAGCUGAAGGGCGCGGCGUGCUAUUUCAAUCUGAACUUGGACGUGUGCAUACCGUUCAUGGCCACGCUCGACUAUCGCGGUCAUCGGUUGCUGGCCGUCGCGCUGGCGCCCAUCAACGACGAGACGCUUGUUUCGGGCACCGGCGAUGGAGGGCAGACCGUCAGGAACUCGGACAGCCACCUUGACGGCCUGCUCCAGCAAGCCGCUGGGCGAUUGAAUCUGAGCAGGCACGUGUGCGGCAAGGACGCCAAAGAGCUGUACAGCGUGGCCGAUCUGGAGGGCCACCGCGGGCUCGAUGGCAGGUACUACCUGAUCGACCUGGCGCGGGUCAUGCCGCCCGAGUACCCGUUCGACCGACACAUCAAGCAGGGCCACCUGUUCCGCCUUCUGCGACCCGAGUUCGUCCGCAGCCACUACAAACCGCUGUGUCCCGAUGCCUGCAGCGGGUUCAUCUUGCACGACCCCAAGCGGGUGGAGCACAAUCGCGAGGUCAAGCUGGCGACCAAGGCCCUCUACAACUCCAUCAUUCCCUCAGUCGCCACCCUACUCACCGAGGAGAGCGCUCUGAGCGAAGGCGGCGGUCUGGAGGCAUUCCUGCAUUCCUACGGCGUCAACCUGCGGAUGAUGGGCUGCGUGCGCGCCGAGGUGCGCAAGAUCUUCGCCCAGGCGGAGGAGACGCUGGCGCCUUCCGCGGCUGAGCUCUUGCCCGAGCCGCAGCCGCUGCUCCAUAGGAAGGGGUCCGCGGGCAGAAGAGAGAAGGCGACAAAGGAAAAGAGCGAAGACGACGACACCGCAGCGGCGCUCAGGGCGAAACUCGUCGCCGAGGCCGAGCGCAGGCGGCGGCGCGCCCGCGAGGCCGACGUGCUGCUGCUCGUGGAGAUGCUGGCGCGGGUCAUGAAGGAGAUGCUUCUGCGCAGCCUGCGGGCCAAGUCCAAGGCGCUCAAGGUGCCGCUCGAGGAGCCCUAUCGCCUCCAGGUGGUGCGGAACCUCAACCGCUUCUUCGGGGUGCGCACCGGCGCCGGCGGCCGGUGGUGGGCCCACAAGGCCCGACGGGCGCUGACGGCCAAGUUCGGCGACCGGGCGCUGCACGACAGCGAGACCGCGCCGGAGUGGUCCCUCGCCGAGUACCUCCGGCGCAACCCGAUCGGCGGCAGCAGUGACGAGAACGCCAACUUCCAGCUCCUCUUCGAUAAGCUGCAAAAGUACACCGGCCUCGUUCUUCGCCAGGGGUUUAUUCUGGUGAUUGGGAGCAAGGACAACUCCCCGAAUCCGUUUCAGUCGUUCGAUCUCGUCGAGCUGGGCGAACGAGUCAAGUACAUGAACGUGAUCGCCACAGCCGAGGCGUUUCUCUACCAGGCCGCCAGCGAACAGGCCAAGGGCAUUAAGCGGCAGCAGUUCCUCGAACUGGCGGCAGAGAAAUACUUGGUGGCCAUCAGUGCCAAUCCGCAGUCGGUGGAGGCGCUUCGGCAGAUGGCCAGCACGUGUGUCGCGCUCGUGGAGGAGACCAAAGACACGGAUCGCAGGGUGGAGCUCAUGAAGCGGGCCAAGAAGUACUAUCAGUGGUCCCUCUCCAUCUUCCCCAAAGACCCUCAGCGGAUGAUGGGCAACUUCCAGGCGGGCGCCGAGCUCUUGCUGCGAGCGCUGGAGUUGGACCCCAACUUCCACUACUGCCUGCGGUCCUACGCCGAGCUGCUCUACCACACCGAGGCCCAGCUCGCCGAGCUCGUCUACGCCCGAGCGCGCCAAUGCCUCCUCGAUCGAGGCAGUGGUGGCGGCACUGAAGACGGCGACCACGACUGA